GGUUGCUGAAGCUCCGGGCCAAUGCACAGGGCCGUCCUUUAUUCUUCUGUGCAGUUUGAAACUGUCAGGCUGCUGCCAAGGUAGCGGCGGUACCACUGUUAUUUUAGCGGCGACGCGGCGAGGAGACGCGGAGGGAGGCGUCCGGGUUUGUGAAGAGUCGCAACGGCCAGUGUGACUGAGACCUGUUGCACCUUCCACUGAAAUUGUUUAGUAUUUGUACAGAAUGUCAUCAGAUGAGGAGAAAUGCUCACUGCCAGUUAUGAAGAAUGACUCUGACCGAGGCAGUUCUGUCUCUUCAGAUCUUCAGGAAGAGUAUGAAGAACUGCUUCGUUAUGCUAUUGUGACUCCAAACAUUGAGUCGAGAGCUUCACAGCCGUGUCAUUCUAAAGGAGAAGUGGUGCCAGAUGUUAGGAUUCCUACUGUAGUAGAUGAUAUUCUUCAUAAUCAAGCAGGAAAUAGCCCUGUAGUAAAAGAAACAAGGAUGGAAGUUGGAAAAGGAUGUGAUUUGAAUAUUUCAAGUCAUUCAAAGACAGAUGGGUCAUCACCAGUGUUGUCACCGAGGAAGCCUUCUCACCCGGUCAUGGACUUUUUCAGUUCCAACCUCUUAGGUGAUUCUUCCUCACCAGCAUCUGUUUCUAGUCAUGCAGAUGCCCAUGAAAUCGUUGUAAGCGAUUUUCUUAUUUCUGAUGAAAACCUUCAGAAGAUGGAAAAUGUACUUGAUCUUUGGAGUUCAGGACUUAAGACAAACAUUAUAUCUGAACUAAGUAAAUGGAGACUUAAUUUUAUUGACUGGCACCGAAUGGAAAUGAAAAAAGAGAAAGAAAAACACGAAGCACAUUUAAAACAACUGGGCAACCAGAUCAACAGUUUGAAGGAGCUGCAAAAAGCCUAUGAAAUCUCUAUUGGGAGAAAAGAUGAGGUGAUUUCUAGCUUGUCUCAUGCCAUAGGCAAGCAAAAGGAAAGGAUAGAGCUGAUGAGAACAUUCUUCCACUGGCGAAUUGGCCAUGUUAAAUCCAGACAGGAUGUCUAUGAAGGCAAACUAGCUGACCAGUACUUCCAGAGAACUUUACUGAAGAAAGUCUGGAAAGGCUGGCGAUCCAUAGUACAGAAGCAAUGGAAAGAUGUGGUGGAACGAGCCUGUCAAGCAAGAGCAGAAGAAGUUUGUGUCCAGAUUUCCAACGAUUAUGAAACCAGAGUUGCUGCGUUAUCUGGAGCUUUGGAAAAUGCAAAAGCUGAGAUCCAAAGAAUGCAGCAUGAAAAAGAGCAUUUUGAAGAUUCCAUGAAGAAAGCUUUCAUGAGGGGGGUGUGUGCAUUAAAUCUCGAAGCUAUGACUAUAUUUCAAAACAAAGGCGAUACAGGGACAGACUUCACAAAUAAAAAAGAAGAGUAUGGUCCUGGUGUUCAAGGAAAAGAACAUUCUGCUCAUUUGGAUCCUUUGGCCCCUCCGAUGCCCUCACUGAUUGUGCCACCACCAUCCCCACCAGCAGCCGCCGUGGGAGCAGCCUGUGCUGCCACAUUUCCCUCUGCUGCUUCCAUCACUUCUGUCGGGGCUGCUUCUGCUUCCUCUGCUCACCUUCCUGUUACCUCAACUCUGGGUGCUGGAUCUGCAGCCACUGCUGGACCAGAAGAAAUGUAUGUGCCCAGAAUUGUGACAUCUGCACAACAGAAAGCUGGAAAAACAAUUACAGCCCGGAUCACAGGGAGAUGUGAUUUUGCCUCAAAAAACCGAAUUAGUAGCAGCUUAGCUAUAAUGGGAGUUUCUCCUCCCAUGAGCUCAGUUGUUGUGGAAAAGCAUCAUCCAGUCACAGUGCAAACCAUUCCUCAAGCUGCUGCUGCAAAAUAUCCCCGGACGAUUCAUCCUGAAAGUAGUACCUCAGCCUCUAGAUCCCUCGGAACCAGGUCAACUCACACCCAGUCUCUCACAAGCAUUCAUUCCAUAAAAGUGGUUGACUAAAAUGAAUAUGCACAUUUUGAGACCUUUUAAUUCAUCUGGUUAUACCAAGGAUUAGAAGUCUCUAGUUUUUAAAAUUUCAUCUUCUUAGAACAUCAUGGAUACAUCCUGUUCAUCUUUUCAGAAUUCCAAGAGGGUUUUUCAAAGCCACACCAUCCUUUGUAACUAUAUGUAGGAUUAUUUUAAUGUUAUUUUUUUAAUUUAAACAAUUAAGUAAAAAUUUUUUAACUUAAAAA